AUGUCUCUCCUCCGCAGCUGUCGGACUGCCACCGUGCAAAUCCGAGGUUUCUCCUCGUCCUUCUAUCUUCGAGUCGGGCCCGAAUCGCCUGAUUACAUCGAUAUCCCUCAACCCGUCCAGCAGGGGGCACGUUCGGUCCGCCGUGUCAAGGGUACGCUCCCAGUGCCUCGAGAAAUCUUUCCUGCCCGCCGAGUCGACAAACCAACCGAGAAGUACAUCAGCGCUGCAACCCCCCUUCCAUCCAAUGUACCCGACAUCGACUCGAAUGAUCCACAUGUUCAAUACAUUGGCUGGAAGAGGCGCAUGGCCGAUAUGAGGAGAAAGAAUUUCCGAGAAGGUCUGCUGGAAUUACGUGACCGGAAACAGCGGACGGACAAGCGCAUGGAGCAGGAGAGUUUAGCGAAACAGUUACGGCGGAAAUCCGUUCUUGGGCAGCCAGAAAGAGCGGACGAGAAGUUUACCCGCCCCUCUGUCAUUCAGGACAUGCUUCCUAAGCACACCUCAACCCUUCCUGACCCUGGCAGAGAAGAGCGCCUUGCGAACUCCCGGGCACGUUUUGAGGCCAAGAACGCUCGGAAAGCAAUGGAACAACAAGAUUCUCUGCAAGCACUCUACAUGAAUGCCCGUAAUUUCAUCACCACCGAGGCUCAACUUGCUGCCGAAAUCGAGAGGGCCUUCCCCGAGGGAGAGAACGAGGCGUGGCGCAACGAUCACCAGCAAGGUGAGAACAUCUGGAACCUGGGCAUGCCCCCGACUGUCCAAUCUAUUGUCGGUGAUACCAAGAAAAAUGAAGCAGCUCGCUGGGACCUCGUCCAAGGCAGGGUCAAAAAACUGGGUGAAGAACUUACCGGGGGCAAGUUGUAA